CUGUUGUCACUUGUGACUGUUGAAGUACAUGUAUAAAGACCAUGUCGCCUUGUAUAGACGAAUUUAGAGGAUGUAACUGAGUUGAAAACACAAGGAAGAUGGAAUAUGAUGAAAAAUUUGCAGACAAGAUGGCUGAUUUAUGUUACAAGAAAUAUCAGUCAUUGCCAAAGAAAGGGAAGCCUCAGAAAGGAAAAGAGUGGACAUCGUUAUCCUGUGUAGUUAUAACAAAAAAUCAGGAAAUGAGAGUUGUCUCCCUUGGUACAGGGACAAAGUGUAUUGGGAAGAGUAAAUUAAGCCCCAAUGGUGAUACAGUAAACGACAGCCAUGGAGAAAUUUUAGCAAGGAGAGCCUUUCUAAGAUAUUUAUAUGCUGAAUUGACGGAAGCCUAUAGUGGUAGAAAGAGUGAGAUUUUUACUGCCCCAGACAUGAUGUCCAACAAGUGUGAACUUAAACCAGAUGUGCAUUUCCAUCUCUUCUCCAGUCACACCCCAUGCGGUGAUGCUUCAAUUUUCCCCAAAGAUGAAUUGUCUAGGAGAGAAGAAGUUGACUGGGAUUCCUUUUGUUGGCAGUAUGGUAGGAAGAGGAAACUAGAUACAGAGAGUGACACCAUGUCCAAAUGUCCUAAACUAGACAAUUCAGAUAGCAGUUCACUGUGUGAAAGCAGUAUGUCAGCAGCCGGGGACAUUAAAGCGAGUCCUUUAGAUAAAGUCAGAGAUAUGGAUCAGAGAAAUUCAAAUAACAAAGAUGAGAAAAAAAUUCAGUCCAAAAGUUCUGAUUGUGCAUUUAUAAGUAACAUGUCUUUAGAGCAUUCUGUGAAAGGAAACCAGAGUGAGGAACCUCAAUCAUCCAAGCAUCCUGUCCAAUCAGAGAGCCUAAAACAGAACGACCAGUAUUCUGAGCAUUUUAUUGGAUCAGAAUCUCCAAAACAUAAUGUGCAAUCUCAGUGUAAAGACAAUUUUGAGUGUAAUGAAAAAUUUCAGGACAAUCAGAGCAGCUCAAAGGGAAAUAACCAAAUCCAAAAUAGACUGCCGGAUAUUUUUAGGACAGGAGCAAAGCCUGUUGCUGGGGGAGGGGAGGAUCCACUCGGGGAGGGUUCAGAAUACCACUCGGUUGGUCUUUUUAGAAUUAAGCCUGGCAGGGGGGAGAGGACUCUGUCCAUGAGCUGCAGUGACAAAAUAGCGAGGUGGAAUGUCCUGGGAUGUCAAGGGGCAUUACUCUGUCAUUUUCUUCAAAAGCCAGUGUAUUUUUCUUCUAUUAUAAUUGGAAGAUGUCCAUUCAACCAAAAAGCAAUAACGAGGGCAGUAAUAGAAAGAUCAGAGGGUAUUAAAGACCUACCAGAAGAUUUUCUUGUCACAAAACCAGCCAUUCUACAGUCAAACAAGGUGUUUAUUGAUGGGAAGGCCUGUGUAGAGAAACAGUCUAAAGGAAAAGUUGUUCCCUCUUCAGCAGCUAUUAUAUGGUGCGAUUCCAUGGAAACACCUGAAGUUAUUAAUGAAGGCAAACCACAAGGCCUUACAAAAAAGGACUGUCUUAAAGAUCCAGUGAAAGCAAGGAGCAAGAUAUGCAGCAGGGAGUUGUUCAAUUGCUUUGUCAGACUUUUGAAGUCUGUUCAAAUAGAGAAUCUUCCUCACAUUAAAAAUAGUACUAGAACACCACAUGCCAAUUAUUUAGACUGGAAGAUGGCCUCGGAAAAUUAUCAAAGAACCUGGCAGAAACUCAAAGCAUGCUACAAUUCCUGGAGCCAGAAACCAGAGGAACUUUUGAAAUUCUACUCUGAUGUUAGUUAGCAGUAUCUGAAAAUCUGUGAGGUGAUAAAAUUUAAAUGACAAUGGGGAAACUUUUGGCAAUCCUGGAUCCACUGCAUUAUCUUAACUUGUUCUACUAAACAGUUCCUCCUUCCCUCUGAUUGGACCUUAUAUGUGCAUUAAACAAGGACUGCCUUCAUACUUUUGUCCAAGUCUUGAGCAAGGUCCACUGAUUACAAGUUAAAGUCCCUCACAAUGUUUUAUUUACCCUUGAUAAUUUGUAAUGAUUAAAGAAAACAAGAUCUA